AAACAUAACUCCACCUGUCCUGACAGACACGCCUUCUAUUCAGACCUCACCUGCAUAAUUGUAACACAAUACUAUCAGCCGUCAUACCUGACGUUGGACCUUAGCACUUGCAAGCUAGAAAGGACUAUGAACUGGGGAGAGUCUCUAUCAAGGUUAAAUUUCUAGACAAAGAUAAAGAUUCUAGAAGAUCUAGAAGAUGUAGAAGAAUCUAAGCAAGAAUAAAGUUUUCCUUGAUGUGCUAUCCAUAAAGAUCCCUUACAUCGAGUGUUUAUAGCGUUCGACCAAAUUCAGCAGGAUGCCCCUAAGGACAACAUUACAAGGUAAGCCUCCUUCAGGAAGAUGGCCAAGGAGAUCGUCAAAGAGGAAAGCUCUGUCCGUGAACAUGAUCAGUCUUCCACUGGCAGAUUUCCGACACCUCACCCACGUUGACUCGGAUGCAAACAGGGACAGCUUUGGAGACCUCUCUUUCCUGAAGCAGGGCCGCAGGUUGCUGCUGCAAAGCUCUCAGAGUGAGCAGAACCUUCUCCAGGCCUGUAUGCCUCCUCCAAAGCCUCCUCGCCUCAACACAAACGAAACAGAGCCGGGGCAGGAAAGUGAUGACUGGGAGUUCCGAUACCAGCCUUUGACUGAAACACGUGUAAAAUGUAACUCUCUCCCACUUCUGGAUACUGAGGAUGCGGAGGAAGAAGCUUACGAACUGAAUCAAGAAGAGCCUUGUAUCAGUAAAAGCCCUGCCUGGAGGAGCCUCAGCUCAGGUAAAGAUUCAACACAGUCUGCUCCUGAGGAAUUCCAGGCAGAUGAAUUUGACACAACUUUCACUUUUAAUCUAGACCUGGGGCCCUCUAUAUUGGAUGAUGUACUGCAGGUUAUGGAUAAACUCCACCAGUAAAGGAAAAACUGUGCCAUGUGAUGAGUUAUGUAUUAAUGGAAAACCGGUGUGUAGACAUCCUGACCUUACUGGAAGAAUACCAGAUACCGAGUGGUGAGGACAUCCCUAAUAUGGACAAUAAUAAACAAAGCUUGUUAUUCACAUUGCAGUUCAGAAUUUGACUACAGUCAGGACAAUCAAGAUUAACAAUUGCAUGUUAGAAAUAUUAAAUACGGGGCCGCUAAAGUGAUAUAUAUUUUAUAUAAUUUUAUACUAGCUAAUAUUUCUGUCCUUUUGGCACUGUUAUGAAUCAGACUUGUAACAAUACUGUACAAGGAUAGUUAAUAGUUUUUUAAAAGUGAUUUCAGGAUAUUUAAUAUUAUAAUAUAAUUGCUCUAGGACAAUGUUAUACAUGAAGCUUCUUAACAUACACUUAUUUAUCAUACAUAAAUAAUGUAUUACAAUUAUAUAAGAUGUAAAGCACAAGACAUUCUCGUCCUGUAUUUCCACAAGAAGACUGAAACAGUUUUAGGGUUAUUUUUAUAUUUUCCACCAUAUCUUGAUUUGACUAUCCAAAUUAAAAGACUUGAAAAAGAUCUUUAGCAAAUGUUGUUUAUGAAACGAUAACAAAAUUAUGCAGUUUUAUGUGUUUCGAUGUUUUAGAGAAGUAGCCCCAGUAAUCCCACCAAAAACAAUAGCACAGACUGCAUUAUAAUCUCCCAUCAAUGGGAAAUGGCAUCCAUGUGACACCUUAAACAAGGAGUCUUAGACACGGUGCACUUCUGUGUAGCUUCAAGUACAAAAUUAAUGAAAUCAAAUGAACUCAAUAAACCUGUUAAAAUUUAUCCCAAUCAAAUUCACAGAUGCAUCACACAGUUUAAUUCAGCUGUUCAUCUACUGAUUUUACACACAGCUAACACCACGACUGUACAUGGAAGUGUCAGAUAAACAUAAAUAUUUAAGCACAAAUUGAAGUAGUUUCGAUAAAGGAAAAAGAAAACAUGGCAGAUCCAUUCAACUUGGAAGCUGCCGGGGAUUCAACAGAGUUAUGAAUAAAGCUUUUAAUCUGCCAAAGUAAAACCUUUGAAUGAAUAUAUCCUGCUGUAUGAAGUGUGCUGUAGCCAUGUCUUAGUGCAGGUGGUGUUUCGUAGUUAUGAAUAUUAUGAAUAUGCCAUAAAUAUAACAGCUAAUUCUAUUUAAAUCACAUAAAGUCCAAUACAAUUUCAGGUCUCAAAAAAUUCAUAUUACCUUCAGUAUCAAAGGUAUUCCCAUUUUUACAAAAAGAGUCUAUUUCAGUCUGGCUAAGGCCAUUAAGGUAUGUGCCAUGAGACUUGUAACUAAUUUGCCAAUAAAUAACAGAAUUCAUGCGAAUGAAUGAGUUGACGAUAAUAACUGAUAAGUCUAGUCUUGGGUUAUGGCAAUACGAUGGCGACAAAUGUUACUAAUAACAUAGCAUGAGUAACUCUUUGCCAAUUUAAACUUUGUCAAAGUAGCUCUCAGUGGAGAAAAAGUUGGAGACCCGUGCAUCAGAGCAGACAUCUUAAGUGUUGUUAUUUAUUUUAAUGCAGUUUGCUCUUUUUGUAGCUAACAAAUUUAACAAGUAGCUAAAGUACGGUGAAGCACAACCUACUUCCUUACAUUCUUCAUUGUUUUAGUCUGACAAAUCCUGGGGGGCAACAGUGCAAAAAAAAAACGGUAGGUCCGAUUGUUCCGUCAAAUCCAUGAAAUAUUUUAGACUCUCAACCAUAAUCCUAGACUUAGUGCUUAUUGUCGGAGGAUCUCUUCAUCUGCACGGCGAAUUGAGAUAAACCACUUUUUUUUUUAAGAACACACUGAUCUUUACAACCCUGAUACCACUCACUGAAGUUUUAUAUUUAUUAAGUUGUGUCUCUGGGACUCUUUGGUCUAUAAUUAGCCGCUAAAUUUCAACACAAAAUGUGUAAAACGGCAGUACAUUUAUAGGCAGGCUACAAAUAAAUAGGAGUAACUGAGACAUUUAUUAAUAAACAAUUUUAAAUUAAUAAAUAUACAACAAGUGCCAUCGGACUGUGAUAAUCUGCAUUUUCUUAAAGAGUAAUAAAACCUUACAGCAAAUACGGCAAUGUCUAUUGGUUCACAAAAUGAAUUCCUACAAUGUUUUUCCAACUUCCCCAAUCAAGAGCUCAGCUUACUUACUUACAAUAGCUGACAAACCGCAGUUACGUACAAUGUAUUAGACAAAACUUUUAGAAGCAUAGCAAUUUACCUCCAUUCGCUCAAAAGAAGUGUGCAGAACUGUUGUGGAGUCUAUUACUAGCAUUAGUGUCAAGGACGGAGGAUUUCACCAUUUGAAUGAGGGAAUUUGUGGUGAGGGGAAAAACUAGUACUGAAGCUCCUUACAGUGUAGUAAAGAAGGAAAUAGUAGGGGUGUUAUGCCACCUCACUAUCUGUAUUUGUUUAGUGUUUCAAAUAUAUGCAUCUGUAGACAGAUUUAAACACGAAGUAGGCGGUUAUAUUUAAAUCUGCAUCAGUUUUGUGUGGUGCAAUGUAAUGUCAUUUCAUUCAUUUCUUUUCUGUUCAGAAAAAAAUGUUCUUUCACUUAGUGACACACUAAAGCAAAAACCUGUAACUCAAAUAUACAUAAUUUGCCAAUUGUUAUUAUUAUUAUUUAAAUAAAAGGCUCUAUUUUAUUGCA